AUGCUGAAGGACGUGGUUCUGAGGGGGCACGCACAAGUUUGCGGCGGGACGAUCGUAAGUCCUUAUUGGGUGUUGACGGCGGCGCAUUGCGUGGAGGAUCGGGGUGCGGUCGAGUUGGCGGUGAUCGCCGGCGUCAGCAGAAUUUAUGACCAUUCAUCGAAAAGGGACGAUUACAAUGUUGCUGAUGUGGCUUUGUUGAAGCUAGCGACCCCGAUCCAAAUGAGGGCCAAACAGACGACACCGACGUUACUAGUCAUGCCGGAUGCCCUAAACGGCUAUAUGGACCAGGAGAAUCUUCGGGGAAUCGUCGCCGGAUGGGGACUAUUACAA